AUGGAAGGGCCGGCGUGGUCCCUCUACUGCGUGUGCGACGGCCACUCGGGCACGGAGGCCGCCAACUACGUGAAGGACAACCUGUGGAGCGCGCUGGCGCCGCUGCUGCCGCGGAAGCGGCUGCCCGACUGCGACAGCGAGGGCUUUUGCAAUUUCGCGCUGCAAGUGAGGGUAGCUGUGGUGAAGGCUUUCCUGAAGAUCAGUGAACGUUUUAGCGCCGCCUUUCCAGACACUACUUCAGGGAGUACGGUCACGGCGGCCCUGUUGUGCGGCCGGCUGCUGACGGUGGCCAACGUGGGGGACUCCGAGGCGGUGCUGGACACCGGGGCGGAGCCCUUCCUGGCGACCGUGAACCACAGGAUCGAGGACAACGAGUCGGAGCGAGAGCGCCUGCGCAGGGCGGGGAUGGUGAUCGCGCCGCUGGCGCCGUCCCUGACCAAGGCCGCCCGGCCGGGCACGCGGGGCGUGGGGCCGCUGCGGGCGUGGCCCGGCGGCGUGGCGGUGGCGAGGUCCGUGGGGGACACCGAGGCUGGGGAGCACGUCCUGGCUUGCCCCCACGUCUUCCAGAUAGCUUUGCCCAGGAGUGGGGCACGGCUGGUUAUGGGCUCCAGCGGCCUCUGGGACCUGAUAAACUGGGAGGAGGCGGCGCUGGUGUCCCGUCGCGUCUCCAACAAAGAUGCUGCGGCAAGGAUCGUCACCUUGGCGAUGAUCCAGAACAAUUGGACCAUUCGCCUGGACACCAGCGUCCUGGUGGUCGACGUGCUCCCCCCAAACGAGGGGGACUUCCCCAAGCUCGUCAAGCAAAAGCUGAAAAGGAGGCGUGCCAGGGAGCACAGGGGCGCGCGUUUGUUGCGCUUGUUCAGGAGGACAAGCCUGGGGUCGCGUUCUUCCAGGGCGGACCUGCACUGUGACGACCCUCAGAUCGUCGCCAACAUCGACGGUUGGAUGUUGCUGAAGGCAGCAUUGGAGGCGACACUGAACGACAGCUGCUCAAGCCUUAUGGAGCUGACAUGUUUCCUCUUGGCUGAUGAGUGUGGCAAUGCUGUGGACUGUGAGGAGACGCAGCUUGAACCUUGGGAUGCCAGCCGGGACACAUGUUCAGGGAGGAGGGGGAAUGCGGGCAAGGGCAGGGGAGUGCAAAUGCCACGUUUCUCUGAAGACUCUAGGCGUCCACCUACCAGUGCCACCUCUUCCGAAGACAGGCCAUCCUCUCGCGCCACCUUCGACAGUGCAAGGAGUGGGCCUUGCAUCCUUGAAUACAGGCAGACAGCUGAGCCAGGCUCCCCUGCGGGCAGCUGCAGCAGCCGACAGAGCUUUGGGGAGGGCAGCAUGAAGGGGAUUGGUCAGACACCUGACACAGAGUCUCGUCACAGCUUUUCUUCCGGCUGUCCUCUGGGGAAUCGUGGCCCAGACUAUUCUACAGAGUUGGCGUGUCGGGCCAUUGCUUGCGAUGAGGGCAUCGAUGGUGAUGGACUCACACAGUUGCCCUCCUUCAGGCAUGGAUCUCGCUGCCCCUUGCAGCUGACGACCGGCAUGGAAGUGCCUACACGGAAGGGACAGUCUUUGGUUCGGAAGGUGCCCUUCACUAUGCAUCCUGCCCAGGAUCACAUCACAUACAGCUGGACCAGCGCAAAGCACACCAUUGAUGAGACCACUGUUGGGGACCCGCCCCUGUGUCCUUGGCAGCUAGGGCAGGUGGCAGAGACACACCCAGGAAGUGGUGGACAUGCUGCAAGGCUGGUGCCGCCACAGGUUAUGAGCCCUGCUGGUGAGUCCUUGGUGGAAAAAUCUCCACAAGAGAUUUACCCUGCCCAGACAGACUUACUGGGGGGCACACAGGCGCAAGCAGCUCCAAGGGUGCCUUUCACUAUGAUUCCUGCGCGUGAUCUGGAGAAAACAAAGUCAAAGGUUGACGGCAUGCUUGGUGAGGACUCCUGGGAGUUCUAUCCGAAAGCUCAGUCACUAGAAAUGAUGACGCCAAGGCCAAUUGGCAGCCUGGAUGGGAAGUUCAUGUGGUCGGACAUGAGGACAUUGAUCAGCAGGGCUCCUUGGUCUUGA